GGGGAAGUGCCUCGGAGGCUUCCAAUGCGUUCUGGCUGCGGAGAGCUUAGCCUCCCAGCCUCCCGCUGUUACUGAAUUCCGGCCCCGCAGUUCCAGUCUGCGGCUCCAAGGGUGGCAGGAGCCGGGGGUGCCGCGCUUGCCCCGCCCCAGAGCUCCGAGGGGGGGGGAACGCUCCCUAACGGUGGGAGGGGUCGCAGCCCGCACUCCCCCUCCCAACCCGCCAGCCCUGGGUUAAAUGCGGCCGCCGCCUCCGCUCGCUUCAGCUGCCUGGCAGUCCCCGCCUCGGGCACGCUGCCUGCGCUGUUACCUGGUCCAGCUGCCCAGGAGGCUCCGCCCGUCGGCUCCGCUCUGCGGUCGCGCCUCCGAGUGGUCCGGCAGGCUCAGGCUCUGACACCUCCGUUCUCUGUCCUCCAAGCGCCAUGAGGAUCCUUCUAGGCUCGCCGCUGCCCGUGUUGCUGCUCCUUCUCCAGCCCUGGGAGACCCAGCUCCAAUUCGCAGGUCCCAGGUGCAGUACUGGGCAGCUGGAUUUGGUGUUCGUGAUUGACAGCUCGCGCAGUGUGCGCCCCUUCGAGUUCGAGACCAUGCGGCAGUUCCUGGUGGGCCUGCUCCACGGGCUAGACUUGGGGCCCAACGCCACGCGGGUCGGCGUGAUCCAGUAUUCGAGUCAGGUGCAGAGCGUCUUCCCGCUCGGCGCCUUCUGGCGCCGCGAGGAUAUGGAGAGCGCCAUCCGCGCCCUGGUGCCGCUGGCGCAGGGCACCAUGACCGGGCUCGCCAUCCAGUAUGCCAUGAACGUGGCCUUCAGCGUGGCCGAGGGCGCGCGCCCGCCCGAGGCGCGCGUGCCCCGUGUUGCUGUCAUCGUGACCGACGGGCGGCCCCAGGAUCGUGUGGCGGAAGUGGCGGCGCAGGCGCGCGCCCGUGGCAUCGAGAUCUACGCUGUGGGUGUGCAGCGCGCCGACGUGGGCUCUCUGCGCGCCAUGGCGUCCCUCCCACUAGACGAGCACGUCUUCUUGGUUGAGUCCUUCGACCUUAUCCAGGAGUUUGGCCUGCAGUUCCGGGGCCAGCUGUGUGGAAAGGACCUGUGUGCAGAGGGGAGACACGACUGCCAGCACCAGUGUGUCAGAGCCCCUGGCACGUUCCACUGUGCCUGCAGCCCCGGCUACCAGCUGGCUGAAGACAACAAGAGCUGUGUGGCCAUUGACCUGUGCAUGGAAGGGACCCACGGCUGUGAGCACCGCUGUGUCGGCUCCCCAGGCUCCCACUUCUGUUGUUGCCAAGCUGGCUUUGUACUCCAGCAGGACCAGAGGAGCUGCAGGGCCAUUGAUCACUGCAGAUUUGGGAACCACAGUUGCCAGCACGAGUGUGUUAGCACCUUUGGUGGGCCACAGUGCUACUGCAGAGAGGGCCAUGACUUGCUGCCUGAUGGAAAGAGCUGUCAGGCCCGGGACUUCUGCAAUGGUGUGGACCAUGGAUGUGAGUUCCAGUGUGUGAGCGACGGCCUCUCCUACCGUUGCCUGUGUCCUGAGGGGCGGCAACUCCAGGCAGAUGGCAAGAGCUGCAACCGGUGCAGGGAAGGCCACGUGGACUUGGUUCUGCUUGUCGAUGGCUCCAAGAGCGUGCGACCGCAGAACUUUGAGCUGGUGAAGCGCUUUGUAAACCAGAUCGUGGACUUCCUGGACGUGUCCCCCGAGGGCACGCGCGUGGGACUGGUGCAGUUCUCGAGCCGCGUGCGCACCGAGUUCCCGCUGGGCCGCUACGGCACAGCGGCUGAGGUGAAGCAGGCGGUCCUGGCCGUGGAGUACAUGGAGCGCGGUACCAUGACCGGCCUGGCGCUGCGCCACAUGGUGGAGCAUAGCUUCUCCGAGGCGCAGGGCGCGCGGCCACGCGCCCUCAACGUGCCUCGCGUGGGCCUGGUCUUCACCGAUGGCCGCUCCCAGGAUGACAUCUCGGUGUGGGCAGCGCGGGCCAAGGAGGAAGGCAUUGUCAUGUACGCCGUGGGCGUGGGAAAGGCGGUGGAGGAGGAGCUGCACCAGAUCGCCUCGGAGCCGGCCGAGCUGCACGUGUCCUACUCCCCGGACUUCAGCUCCAUGACGCACCUGCUGGACAACCUCAAAGGCAGCAUCUGCCCGGAGGAGGGCAUCAGCGCUGGGACAGAGCUUCGGAGCCCUUGUGAAUGCGAAAGCCUCGUGGAGUUCCAGGGCCGCACGCUGGGGGCGCUCGAGAGUCUGACUCACAACCUGGCCCAGCUGAUGGCGCGCCUGGAGGAGCUGGAGAACCAGCUGGCCACGCAGACCUGAGGGCUGCCGGAGGCCCAGUUCCGGGCGGGGACACAGCCCCGUGGACUGCCCUUCGUGCGCCGUCGGGGCGCGUGGCCGGGCUGAAGCCGGGCCCCUCGGGCCUGGGCUGUCGGGGAGGAGGCGCUGGCGGGCUCCCAGCGCUGCGCUCGAGCCGGCCUCGCGUGGACCAGAACUGGCCUGCGGGGCGCAGGGAGCGCGUGGGAGGUCCGCAAGCCCUCGCCGCGCACUGCGCUCAGUAACUUUGUUGGAUUUCCUUUCUGGCUUCUUUUUAUUAAAAAAAAAAAGAAAGAAAUCCGGUUUCCACCG